AUGACAGAGAACUGCGAGGAGCUCAUGGACGGUGAUGCCGAUUUGAUGCUACAUGAGUCUGUUUUUAUGAAUGAAGGUUCCUGGCUCUCGCAGGCAGACGCCAAUUCAACUCAAAGCAAUGACGAGGAGGAUCAAAUGAAUUCAUCACAAGCACAAUCUACCAAAGGAUCAUCAGUUGAUCUUAAUGAUUUGACUGAGGCAGCAUUGCUUCAAGCGGAAUUUUCUGAAGCAGACUUCAAUGAAGACAAUUCUAUGGAAACUGGCAAAACCAAGGAAAUUCCAUUGCAUAUUCGUCGAGUUGCCGAUAAAAUCUGUGCUUUCAAGGCUUUAGAGGUCUGGAUGGCAGAGAACGAGAUAACUGCUAAUAAUAUCGAUCAGGAUGUUAUGUUGGCUUAUUUUGAAGAAUUGAAAAACGAGAAAAAAGGUUUCCAAAGUGUUCAAACCCUAGCCCUGACAGAAGAACAGACAAGUGAAUUUUUGGAUACAGCUCCUGAUGAUUUAUUUUUAGACGUAAAUGUGGUUUUGAUUCUGGCAAUGUUCGGGGCAUGUCGAAGAUGCGAAUUAAAAAAGCUGAGUAUCACGGACGUCACAGACAAAGGAAAUUAUUUGCCUGUGAAACUGGAUGAAGCUAAAACUGAUACAUCUAGAUGGUUUGUCGUUACCCAGCCAUUUUAG